AUGCCUACACUUUCUCGUAAUUCCUGUUACACGUUCAUACUUUUAGAAGCGGUUCUGAGCGCGAGCACCUGCACGCGGAGACGUGCGCGCGCGCGCGUGAGCGUUCGGAGGCCGGAAGCAGAGACGGGUGCGCGGGCGCGGGCGCGCGGAGGCCCGGACCAAGGGCGGGCGCGCGGGGGGGCGCGCGUACGUGCUCGCGCCGAGGCCGGACGGGGUGCGGUGCGUGCGCAUGCGCGCGCGCGCGCGGAGGCCGGAAGCGGCGCCGGCCGUCGGCGGGACAUGGAGGGGUCGCCGCCGGCCGAGGAAGCCGACCCCCAGGGUGCGGCCUGGAGCGGGGACAGCGGCCGCGUGUCCCAGAGCCAGAGCAGCGCCUCGGGGCCGUGGGAGGAGGACGAGGGCCCGGAGGCGGGCGCGCCGAGCCGGGCCCUGCCGCUGCUGCGCCGCGCCGCCGCGGGCUACGCCGCCUGCCUGCUGCCCGGCGCGGGCGUGCGGCCCGAGGUGGGCGCCCUGGACGCGAGCCUGGAGGCCCUGCUCACCAGGGUGGACGAGUUCGUGGGCAUGCUGGACAUGCUGCGCGGCGACUCCUCGCACGUGGUCCGCGAGGGCGUGCCCCGCAUCCACGCCAAGGCCGCCGAGAUGCGGCGGGUGUACGGCAGGAUCGACCGGCUGGAGGCCUUCGUGGGCAUGGUCGGCGCCAGCGUGGCCAGGCUGGAGGAGCAGGUGGCCAGGGCGGAGGCCGAGCUGGGAGCGUUGCCCGGCCCGCUCCGCAGGCUGCUGCGCACCGUUCGCGCGCCCUCCUUCUUCGGCAAGGCGCCCGCCGGCGCGUCCCAGCAGGCCGGCUACGAGCCCCCCGUGGUGUUCCGCACCGAAGACCACUUCCCCUGCUGCGGCGGAGGCCCCCAGGCCUGAGCCUGCCGGACAGCGCUGCCGGAGGACGGGCCUGAAAUGGCCGGGAGGGUUCCUCGCGUCGGAUGGGACCCCUGUCGCUAGGCAGAGUGAUGCUGGAGUGUGGGAUUGUGACGUUUGCUUUCUUUGCGCGCUCGAUUUCUCGCUGCCCUCGCCGUCUCAUGGAGGAUGUGUGAUUUUCUGCGUCUUCCAGUUCACACUUGAAACUUGAAAGCUGCUUGGUGGGGUUGGGGGUGGGGGACCCGGGAGGCAAAAUGAAUGAACUUCCCUGGGCACUGCGGCAGAACUGUUAUUUUUAUGGAUUUUACAGCUCAGCUAACAGUGUUAGCUUUCCAAGAUUCGUAUAUUUGUAUAUUCUAAGGAAAACAUACUGAGCCUUUAAAGCCUUGUUAAUUCCAUCCUGAUAGUGAUUCCGUUUUCUGUAGCUUGCUUUCAAGAUAGAUGGUAAAUUAUUUAAAAUUCUGUUAAACUUUCCACGUAACGGAUUGCAAACCGAAGGAAAUUAUACAGUUUCUGAGAAAACGUAUUGAUUUGUUGCAACUCAUUCUGAAGUUGUAUUUGCGAGUAUGACCUCACAGUCUUAAUAUGUCCAUAGUAAACUUGUCUGUAUAAGAUUCCCAACGUUUGGUUUAUAAUUUAAAUAUUAAUAAAAAAAACUUAAAUUUUAUUGGAAAAGCUUUCCAUCCGAAAAAGACUUUAUAUAUUUCCUUUUUGUUUGUUUGAAAAUAGACUUGUUGUAUGUAUGGUUUUAGGAAUGGGAUGGAAUGGGAUAAAGAAGGUUCACAACAUUAGAUUCUUCUCAAAACGAAUAGUUCAACUAUUUGUGUGGUGAUAUGACUGGCAUUAGGAUUCUGUUCUUUCACCCUAACGACGUGGACUCUUAAAGAACCCUUGCAGGUACAACAGGCUUUGAUCUUGAUUUUAAUCGGUUGUAUAAGGUGGUCCUCUUAGGUAGUAGACCUCAAAUAAGCAUACAGCUUAAGUUGCUUUUUUUUGUCAUUUAUCACAGAUCUUUGAGGUUUAUAAAGUCGGUGUAUUCUCACUUAGCUGAGUAUUAUGAAAAAUCCAAUUGUGUAAUCUCCAACCUUAGCUUUCAUGGACCUUCUGUGUCACACAUUUACAUUUUUUACUCAGGUAGUUCACUGAUUACAAAUUAAAAAACUCCGAAAUUUAGAAGUGGAGAGGACAAGUAACCUACAUUUAGUAUUUGGCAACUACUGGGUACCUGCUGUAGGUAAUUAGUACAUGCCUAUGGCAUGUUCACUGAAUAUGAAAAUAGCUUCCUUACAUAACAUGUAUUACUAAAAUGGUUUUUUAAUUUGUGGUUAAUAUUAAAAAGUAGUAAUUAAGACAGAUCAUGAAAAGUUAGAAUAAUUGUUAAAGGUGAGAUUUAAUAUCUGCAUAAUAGAAACCCCAAAUUCCAGAAAACAUAAGUGUGCUAUAAAGUAAAACUUUUUAAAUUAGGAAUAUAUAAUGUUUAGAUGUUUGCUUUCAUUACCUACAAAAAAGUAAAUUGCGUUGAGAAAAUUAAAAGUAUAAUAACCAGUAAAACAUGAAAUUCAGUUUAACAGUUUUUUAUUCUUGCUUUUGGGGGUGGGUUUUGGC